GUUCUCUAACCACAAUGGCUCUGUUUACAUCCACAUAGACCAGACAUUCAGCCACCUGCUGAUUCUUUUAAAGCUACUAAUACAUUUGAUGAUUGAGUGGAAACUAGUCUCCUCUUGUGGGGAAAGUGGGGAAUCUGAACACAAUAGAAAAAAAUGACAUAUGACAGUAAAAAGCUUGACAGUAGCAUUACAUCCAAAAACAAAAAUUAACCUUUUUUUUUUUUUAUGUCCUCUCAUACAAAAGGUGCACCAGGUGCUGAAAAUGGUCAAACCUCGCAAAGCAGCAAAACCCAAAGAGGAGGCUCUGGAGUUGUCCGCUUCUAAACAGCUUCCAGAAGGCGCCCUCUGCUUCGCCUGCUCAGAUGACGGCCUCUACCUGAGCAUCGGUCACAGUCAGGGUGUGUGGGUGUGGUGUGCGUCGUCUCUGGACUUUGAUGCUGAAUGGCUGAAUGACACUCUGGAGGUCACGUCCAUACAGAUGACCCUCAUGGCUGAGGCAGCUUAUCUGCUUGGCACUAUUGAUGACAUGGGUGUUGCUCGGAUCUUCGCGUAUCACUCCAAAAGCAUCCACCUCCUCAGUGUUGUGAACGCCAUGGACGACAUCAACAAAAAGCAAGUUUGCUCUACAUUUGAGUUAUCUCCAAGAGGACACUAUGGAGCCGCGACGAUCACUUGCAACGGCAAUGUUUGGCUCGAAGUUCAUCACCUGCCCUCAGAAAACUGGCUGAAAGAGUUAGAGAAGGCAGUUACACCCAUGCAGGAAUCGAAGUCUUCAAGAGAUAUGGAUGUAAAAUGGUCUCCAUUGCCAGCGGCAACUAAAAUCAAACUACCAAAAAUCCGAGGAUCGACAUCGGAAGGUCUCCACGAGGUGCAUGUUACCGAUUUUAAAACCCACUGUUUGUCACUAGACGAAGACGCCAGGAGACACUCGCUCGGAGCCGACGCAGAAUCAAAACAAACAAGUGAAGGUGCAAGAUGCACCCAGCACUUUCUCCUGCCUUGUGGUCAAUUCCUUGUGGACGGUAAAGCUCUGACAGCAGAAUGGUCCGUCGCUAUCUGUGUGUGGUGGACUGGAAGCCUCAAUCUUCUUCACUAUUCGCUGCAAAAAACGCCAACACACAAAUCAGAUCAUGAACCCAUGCCGGAUAUGGUGUGGCCAAACGCAAAGGAAAUCCUCUGCUCUGCUGUGAGUAGAUGCACUCGCUACGUAGCUCUUGGGCUUGAGGAUGCCUUGGUGUGUGUGUGGGACAGGCAAACUGGUUCCCCGUUGUCUGUUGUUUUAAUGUCGGCGACAGAUAGUCCCCUGUUCAGAAUGCAGUUUGUGGAUCUCUUCCCUGUGUCCGACGACGAAGUCCAUCUUUCCGCGGUGUGCAAAAGUGGAGCAAUUCACACAGUCACCACUGGACGGGGGACAACGCCCUGCACAGUGCUUCUUGCUGAAAGGCCAAAAACCAGUGGAGACCUGCCAGCUAUCGUUACAUCAGUGCCAUUCCUUCAGAACAUGUUCCUUGUCAUUCAAAGAAAUGGGAAAAUAUUCCUCCAAGAUGUAGCCAGCAAAACCACCGUGUGCUUCUUGAAACCUCCAAAAACGAAUGUGAUUGCUUCUUCCUGCAUCCCAGUGUAUGAUCUGAACACCAGACAGCAAAUGCUCUUCAUACGAGGUGACUCCAGCUACAAAACAGCCACUGAGAUCCUCUUCUUCCGCUUUGGAGAGUGGGACAUCUUCAAGCCGUACAUAGAUUUACCUGCAGAUUCUGUAAAACGAGACUCAUUCAGCUUCGUCACUCUACAAGAAUCCUGCAACCUCUACCUCCAGCAGAGAGCACUGUCUGCGGAGGAGAGGAGCAAAGCCAUCACACAGACAUGGGAGCAGCUACAGGAAACUGUCACGACAGAAACAGAGCGAAGCUGAAUCUAACGGUAUAAAAAAAAAACACUCACAUUGUUUCCUUGGAUUUGGAUCAGGAAAUGUGUUUAUGUGUAAAGCCACCUCUCUUAUGUACAGUAUCUAAACGGGAUGUUUAUGUCAUGGGCUGAACUUAGUUGUUGUACACCGCGUUGCCUUUGGGGUCUUAAUUUUGAAUGUUUUAAUUUCAGCACGGGUGCAGGGAUUAAAAACACUUCAAAUUGGACAAAGGAUUCUGACUGUCCGUCUGUGUGAAAGUUUAGGUUUAGUUUUUUGCAGUUCCGUGUUGUGCAUCCAAACUGUCUCAACCCACUUUUACAGCUUAUAGCUUAAUGGAAGGAAAACCAUAAAAUGAAAUGGCUCCUUAUCCAUCCAUCUUCUACUGGGUUAUCCUCCACAUGAGGGUCACAGGCCUUUAUCCUUAUAUGAAACAAAAUUAUAACUCAGUUAUAUAUUAUAUCACUAAGUACAUGUCUUACGACCAGGCCUAGGGGAAAAACCUGAUCACAACAAGACUAAGGAGACUCCCUCUUCCCAACUCUCAAGAAACCACCAGCAACAAGUAAAACAAACCAUUUUAAACGUUUAUUAAAAUCAAGCACAAAAUGUCAAAGUGGUUUGAGGAAGUCUGCAGCUGGGAUGUUCAGGCCUCUUAUUCAGCUCCCGGGAUCCACCUAGACUCAAACACAUGUCAUUCACUCUAAACAUGCACACCUGCAACCCAUCUCACACUCACACCUGCAGACACAUGGUAGAACUUCCUCAGGUUUAUAAGGAAUAUUAUAGGAUACCUGGGCAGCAUUGACAGCCAAGUAUAUCUUUUAUCUCUGACCCAUUCAAAUCCGUAAUAUUCAAGUGGUUGUUAUGCAGCGAUCUAGAUGAAAAUGAGAUGAUAAUAAUAGUGAAAUUGAGUGCAUAUGAAUCUAUAAUCAUCAGUAAUGUGCGACUGCAGCAUCAGUCUGUCAUCUGUGAGUUCAGCUUAGAGCCAGAACAAUUACAGCAAUUCUUCUUUUCUGAGACUGAAGAAAAAAAGUGAUGUAUUAUUGCAUCUUUUAUAUUCCGUCUUCACCAGUUGUUUCGAAUUAUUCCGUGGCAUCUCUCUGUGAAAGGGAACUCUUAUCAAUACUGAUUUUAAUAACAACCUAAAACUGAAUUUGAAUGGCUAAAAAGGCGUCUUGAGUUAAUGCCAAAGAUCCACGUGUGAUUGAGAACACAAUGGAAGCAGGUGCUCUAUUUAAAGUGUUUGCCAUGUGUUUGAUUUUGUGUGUUUGUGAUGUUUACCCGUAUGAACAUUGUCUGCCUCCGGAGAUAAAUCCAAGCAGGAAUUUUAAAUGAUUUUGUAACAGUGAUUCAUAAUUAAAACCAGAUAUUAUUAAUUU